AUGUCUCUGAGAGACAUACAAUCCGCUACCAAACAUUUUGCUGAUGAAAAUAUAGUCGGACAAGAUGGAUUUGGAAACCAGUACAAGGGGCAACUACUCUUAAGCUCCGGCCAAUUGAUUGAUAUUCUUGCACGGCGGUUAGAUCGUCGGUAUGGGCAAGGAACCAAAGAGUUUCAGACGGAGAUAAUGAUGCUGGCUAGUCUGAAGCAUCCAAAUCUGGUCUCUAUUGUUGGGUUUUGUGAUGAGAAGAUCAUCAUAAACAAGUAUGAGGCCAAGGGAAGCCUUGCCCAAUACCUAAGUGACCCAGUUACAUGGACUCAAAGAUUGCAGAUCUGUAUUGGUAUUGGACGUGCCCUCAGUUACAUUCACUAUGACAAAAAAACGCAGUUUUAG